GACAGGCCUGGACAUGGAUCACCUGAUGGUGCUGUUUCUAUUGCUGUGGAGCUCAGGACUCCCGGCUGAAGAAAAACACAACUCAAAAGAGUCUGUCAGGUUGGUGGGAAGAGGCAGUCGUUGUGAAGGAACACUGGAGGUGAAACAUCAGGGAGACUGGAGACCCGUGGGUGACAUUUACUCUGAGUGGACCCUGAAGGAAGCAGCUGUUGCCUGUUCACAGCUGGACUGUGGCGCUCCUGUUUCUGUAGGACAUAAAGUGAACUCUUUAGACAUAGCUGUGUGGUGGAUCAGGCCUGACUGUGUUCAGCCUGGAUCUGCUUUGAGGGAGUGUGCAAAAUCAGAUUCCUCUACCAACCUCCUGUUUCUCAGAUGCGCAGACUCUGUCAGGCUGGUGGAUGGGAUCAGCAUGUGCUCAGGAAGACUGGAGGUGAAGACGAACCAGUCUAAUCAGAGGUGGUCCUCAGUGUGUGAAGCUGACUUUGACCUGCAGGAUGCAGAUGUGGUCUGUAGGGAGAUUGGCUGUGGGUCUCCUUCAGUCCUCCAAGGGGUGCUCUAUGGACAAGUGGAGGCUCCACGGUGGACCAAAGAGUUCCAGUGUGGAGGCAACGAGUCUGCUCUCCUGGACUGUAGAAGCUCAGGCUCAGAUAGAAACACCUGCAGACCGGGCAAAGCUGUUGAACUCACCUGCUCAGAGCCUGUCAGGUUGGUGGGAGGAGACAGUCGCUGUGCAGGAACACUGGAGGUGAAACAUCGGGGAGAGUGGAUACCAGUGAGACGCUCUGAUUGGACCCUGAAGGAAGCAGCUGUUGCCUGUUCACAUCUGGACUGUGGCUCUGCUGUUUCUGUGGGCCAGAGAGAGGUGUCCUCAGACAGACCUGUGUGGAGGAUCAAGUCUGACUGUGUUCAGUCUGGAUCUGCUCUGAGGGAAUGUGCAAUAUCAGGGCACUCUUCCUCCAUCCUGAAUCUGACCUGCUCAGACCUGCUGCUUCAGACCAACAUCUCUCUGUCCUCCUCCAAGGACGAGAUCUCCGAGGCCCAGCAGGACGGGUUUCAGGUGCCCAAGGGCUCCGACUUUACCAUCAGCUGCUCCAUCCAGCCCCAGUACCCACGAGGCUCCUUCCAGCUCACCUUCACCUCCUCCAACUCAGCACACAACUACACCCAGUCAGCUGUCAAUCACUCUGCCCACUUCCUGUUUCCUUCUGCAAAGCCCGCCCACCAAGGAAGCUACAGCUGUGUUUAUCACGUCUAUGCUUUUUCUCAUAACUUCACCUCUGAGAGUCGUCUGCUCUUUCUCACCGUUUUAGAUCCGACACCUUUUAUCAUCAGAGUGGUUGUUCUGCCGCUGACCCUGCUGUUAGUGAACGCUGCCCUUUACUUCUACUAUAAGGCCAGCAGUGGGAAGAUGUCGGGCAGACAGGAGAACAUUAAGCUGGAUGAUUAUAACCUGGGUGCUUAGGGAGCAGCGUAGCACCUCAUUUUAUACCAUAAACUGAAAAAAAUAAUGGACGUAGUAUUGGUGGAUUCACCCUUAUGUUUGUGGACUGCCAUUCUGAAGCUGGGAGUUUGCAUUUUGGCCGUCGCCAUCUCGUUAUUUUGGAGCCAGAAGUGACCAUAUUUAGACAAAAGGAAGGAGCUGGGGAGGAUGAAGUGUCUCUAUGGUAUCAAUGGCACUGCGCUUACUGUAGCUAAACGCUUAAGAGGGAAAUGACACGAGUCAUCCAGCGGAGUUUUACUGGCGGGUAAACGUGGACCUCCGUGUACUAGUGCCGUUCGUCAGCAUGUACAGCAGUACACAGAGCUGGUAAGUAACAAGCUAAUACUAGCGCUAGCUUUUUUGGCAGAACACAAAAAAGACAUUUUAAGCUGACCAAACUUCCAAUUAACUUUGAUGAAGUGAAAACAAACAGUGAGAGGGUCGACGUAAGGGCAUUGGCACAAACAUGGGCAACACCCCAAAACAACUGCGAUAAUGGACACCUCGUCAGGCAUUACCCCCUUACAUAUUGUACAUCUCAUAAGGAAUGUGUUAAUAAACCUUAAAAUGUC